GGGAAAAGAACCCCUCAUAACUCCUCGGUCGGCUUGGUGGGCCGCACGAGCACCGACGAGAGUCAACAACAACUAAUAAGCCGAUCGAGGCUGAGCUUCCCUGCUCCUCUUGCCUUCUCCGUCUCCCUCUUCCUCGUCGAUCACCACCAGCUCGAGGUCCGGCUCUCCGUCCCGGGGACCGAUCUCCGCACACGGUAGGUGCCCAUGGAGACGAGGAAGGGAAUCCUGGAGCUGCGCGACCGUCUGGACAAGACACUGGCCUGCUCUGAUCUCGCCGACGAGGGCUCUCUGAAAUCUCUGGUCAAGAACCAGAUUUUGGAGUCGUCUCUGCCCGGCUCUGACCAAGGCAACAUCGAUUUGAUUGCUGAAGCACGAGCCAAAGAAGUCUCGAAUUUUCUUGAAAUGCUAGACACUUCAGGAAAUGAACGGCCUUCAGAGAUUCGUGGGCCGCAACAGAAGGAGUGGAAGGUGAAGCAGGAUACAGACCAAUUACGGGUCAUGUACCGCGAAGGUCCAGAUGGGACCCCAUUUCAUACUCUUCUUGCUGAAGGCUUUGCUGAUGGUCCUAUCGAUGUUUGUACAUGUGUGUCAUGGGAAUCAGGUCUAUACACAAAAUGGUUUCCGCAGUACAAUCUGCCAACAUUUAAAAUUGCUCAGUCAGGCUGCUUGAAAAAGAUUCGGAUUGGCGAAGAAAUUUCUUUGAUCAGGGUGAAGGUCCCCUGGCCAGUUUCAGAGAGAGAAGCUCUUCUACACUACUUUCAGUUUGAGUAUCUUAAAGAAGACCUUGUCAUUGUAAUCAUGAAAACUAUAUCCAAUUUGGAUAAUCUCAGUAUGCAGACACAUGGAUUUACUAUAGAUGGAAUCCCUGAAGCUGGUGACACGAUUCGGAUGGAUGUAGUUGGAGGCUUUGUCUUACAGAGGAUUACCAAGGAAAGAAGUUUUUUCAGGGCAGUAGCUAAUAUGGACAUUAAGCUAGACUUUGUUCCCCCAUGGCUGAUCAACUUUAUGUCAAGACAGCUAAUCGGCAGUGGGCAUAAGCUAUACCAGAAGGCUGUCAGUACUGUGGCCGCUUGUGAUGAAGACUACAAGCAAGCUUUACGAGCACCGCUCUAUGCAAGAAUACGCGAGUACCAGCAUUCUGCUGACAAGGCGAAGGUGACUUCAGUUGAGGAAAGCGCUAAUGAAGUGCUCCCCGAGAAUCCCACUGUACAUAAUCCUCUGGCAGUCACUAAUCUCACACCAUGCAGUGAGAUUAUCGAAGAGGAGAGUGAACAGAACACAUCUUUUAAGGUGGAUAAUCUUGCAGCCGGCUUUUCUAACCAACCAGCCGGGCAAGUGCAGCAAGUUGAAAAUAAGUCUUUCACUAGUCCUGACAGAACAGUCAAGCAAGCACAGCAAGUCGAAAAUAAACAGUUGAUUAGUCCUGAGGUGCAGAAGGCUUUGGGCAUACUGGACACAGCCAUUGCAGUUCUUCAAGGCAACAGAUCUGCAAACAUCAGUACUCUCAGAAAGCUCCUCAGUUAUGAUGCGGCGUCGGAAGAAGGCAGUGCCAUCACUACAAGAAAUUCACAUACCCUCGACGUUCUCGAUACAGAUAAUCUCCCAAAUGGAUAUCCUCUUGCCACACCACCUCAUGAUUCAAGAGAGAUCCGCCAAACUUAUUUCUUGCCCGAUAAGGAGAUGCGCGACAGGGAGGAAGGUGCUAGCGAAAGUGAUUCUCCUAAAAACAUGACCGCUUCUACCACAACGACUACAAAAUCCAUGACAUUAAGGAGCACAAUGAAGGUGCAUGAAGAAGAGACCCUGAAUAGCGAUGGCCUCUAUCAGAACGGUUUCCACAGUGGCAAAGAGCCCAAGAGACCAAGGAAGACCAAAAGGUGGCUUUGCUGCUUAACGCCUAGCACCAUAGGAUGACGAGAACCCAUUGUAGGGGCUCUCAUGGUUAACGCUUGAUUUUUGGUUGUACAUCAGAAAAUAGACGAGCUACACAAGAUGGGACAUGGGGAUCAAAUGGCAAUUCCGGAGGUAGCUUGUGAGAAGUUACAAAGAUUA